AUGGGGGAUGUAUGCGGUCAAUCGCUGGUGAUUCUGAUUCUCCAAAUUGCGGGCGCCAUUGAGGCGCUGUUGAAGACGGAAAUCCUCCCGCCUGAACAAGUCGAACAUAAAGGCGGAGAACGCCCUGAUCCGAUCCAGAGAGUCCGCUUUGCGAGAUUGCUUGUCGAGAGCGUUGUUUGGUAUUAUGUUUGGUAUUUUCUUCCUCCUAUUGUCCAGAAACUGGUUGGUCCCAGCGCAGUCCUCGAGAAAAUCUCGCUCGUCACGGUAUAUUGGAUAGUCAGCAAGUGGAGCUUAGAUAUAGGAGACCGUGUCGCCGGUGUCUUGAUUGAACUACUGUUUUCAAGAUGA